ACACAUCGAACAGUGGCAAAACGGAAGGUCCAAGAUGGCGGACUAAGCAGCGUGGCUUUCUGGAGAAGUUUCACAUUCACGAUCUUAAAGAUUCAAAAAGAGCAUCAAAUACCUCAACUAUUCGCCUUUUCUUAAGCCCACCACACGGACUUUGAGUGUGGAGCGACGGUGUGUUACCUGAAGUGAAGAUUGAAGACGUGAUAGAAGAUGGACGACUACUGCUAUGCUAAGAUGGCGACGUCAUGUCAAAGAGAAAGUGAAAGAGAAUCAGCGCCACCAACGGAGAACAAUCUGAAAAGCGAAGAUGAAGACGUCCAGCAACUAAUCGGUAAUCCAGAAGAAGUUUCCCCUCAGUCAGGGGGGAGCUCCACUUUGAAGCAGGAGACUCCACAACCACCCUGCAUUAAAAAGGAAGAGGAGGAACUCUGCAUCACUCAGGAGGGAGAGUGUUUUCUAGCACGAGAGGAAGUUGAUUACACCAAGUUUCCACUGACUAUUGUCUCUGUGAAGACUGAAGAUGAUGAAGAGAAACCACAAAUAGACAACUUCUUGACUCCACUAUCAGAUAGUGAGGCUGAAGACGAGGUUGAAGUAACUUUGAGCAGCGAUACAGACUGUGAAGGUGAUAUGAGGACUCACACUGACAACAAACACUCUGAACUCUCUUUAAAGAAGAGAGGGGAAACAUGUCUGAGCUGCUCAGUUUGUGCUAAAAGUUUUACUAAAAAGAGCAGUUUGACUCUACACAUGAGAACACACACAGGUGAAAAACCAUUCAGUUGUUCAGUUUGUGGAAAAAGCUUUUCUCGAAAUUGCCAUUUGACUAAACACAUGAGAACACACACAGGUGAAAAACCAUUUAUUUGUUCAGUUUGUGGCAACAGCUUUUCUCAAACUGGCUCUUUGACUCAACACAUGAGAACACACACAGGAGAAAAAACAUGUAAUUGUACAGUUUGUGGCAAAAGCUUUUCUCGAAAUAGCUCUUUGACUCAACACAUGAGAACACACACAGGAGAAAAAACAUGUGAUUGUUCAGUUUGUGGCAAAAGCUUUUCUCGAAACAGCAUUUUGACUGUACACAUGAGAAUACACACCGGAGAAAAAACAUGUAUUUGUUCCGUUUGUGGCAACAGCUUUUCUCAAAGUAACAUUUUGACUAAACACAUGAGAACACACACAGGUGAAAAAACAUUUCGUUGUUCAGUUUGUGGCAAAAGCUGUUCUGUUAAGAGCAAAUUGAUUGAACACAUGAGAACACACAUGAUGUGAAAAACCAUUUGAUUGUUCAGUUUGUGGCAAAAGCUUUUCUGUUAAGAACAAAUUGACUCAACACAUGAGAUCACAAACUGGACUAAAACCACUUGUGGUACAAGCUUUGUUCAUAAAGCCUCUUUGUGGUGACACGUGAGAACA